AUGGCAUUUGCAAACCAGACGCCAACAAUUGUUGUCUUGAAAGAAGGUACUGAUACCUCGCAAGGAAAAGGACAGAUAAUCACCAACAUAAAUGCUUGUCUAGCUAUACAAGAUACUUUACGACCAACAUUGGGUCCAUUUGGCUCAGACAUUCUUAUAGUAUCCUCGAAUGGCAAAACCACAAUCUCCAAUGAUGGAGCUACAAUUUUAAAGUUAUUGGACAUUGUUCAUCCAGCAGCACAAAUGUUGGUUGAUAUCUCCCGAUCACAAGAUGCUGAAGUUGGAGAUGGAACUACCUCAGUGACUAUAUUAGCAGGGGAGUUAUUGAAAGAAGCCAAGGGUUUCAUUGAAGAUGGUGUGAGUUCGUAUUUGAUUACCAAGGGAUAUAGGAAAGCGUGUGAGUUGUGCAUUGAAAAGAUCAAAGAGAUUGCUGUUGAUGUUAAAAAGGAAAACGAGGAGGAGUUUAGACAAUCAUUGGAAAAGUGUGCCACUACUGCAAUGUCGUCGAAGUUAAUCAGCAGUAAUUCAGAGUUUUUCACCAAGAUGGUGGUUGAUGCCGUUUUAAGUCUUGAUCAAAAUGACUUGGAUGAAAAAUUGAUUGGAAUUAAAAAAGUACCUGGCGGUGCGUUGGAAGAGAGUUUGUUUAUUGAUGGUGUUGCAUUCAAAAAGACAUUUUCCUAUGCCGGGUUUGAACAACAGCCUAAGCUGUUUGUUGACCCCAAAAUAGUAGCAUUGAAUGUGGAAUUGGAAUUGAAGGCUGAAAAAGAUAAUGCUGAGGUAAGAAUUGACCAAGUUAAGGACUACCAGGCAAUUGUUGAUGCUGAAUGGCAAAUCAUUUUAAACAAAUUGGAGGCCAUUGUGGCCUCUGGAGCCAAUAUUGUAUUGUCGAAAUUGCCAAUUGGGGACUUGGCUACGCAGUACUUUGCGGAUAGGGAUAUAUUUUGUGCUGGUCGUGUAAGUAGUGAGGACAUGGAUAGAGUGAUUCAAGCUGUUGGAGGACACAUUCAAAGUACAUGCUCUAAAAUAGAGCCGCUGGAUUUGGGAACAUGUGCCAAGUUUGAGGAAGUGCAAAUUGGAGGUGAAAGAUACAAUAUAUUCAAGGGAUGUCCUCAAGCCAAAACAUGUACUUUGAUCUUACGUGGUGGUGCUGAGCAAGUUAUUGCCGAAGUUGAAAGAUCUCUACAUGAUGCAAUUAUGAUUGUCAAGCGUGCCAUAAGUCAUCAUCAAAUCGUUGCUGGUGGAGGUGCAACUGAAAUGGAGCUAUCAAAGUACUUGCGUGACUAUUCCCGAACCAUUGCCGGAAAACAACAAUUGAUCAUUGGGGCAUUUGCCAAAGCAUUGGAAGUUAUACCUCGUCAAUUGUGUGAGAAUGCUGGGUUGGAUGCUAUUGAAUUAUUAAACAAGUUGAGAAGUGCCCAUGCCAAGGGUGAUAUUUGGUACGGUAUUGAUUUCCAACUGGAGAAUAUUGGCAACAACAUGAAGAGCUUUAUAUGGGAACCAGCGUUGGUCAAGAUCAAUGCUAUUGAGUCAGCAACAGAGGCGGCUACUUUAUUAUUAAGUAUUGAUGAAACUAUUACCAAUGAUCAACAAGGCGAACAAGGAGGUGCACCACAAGGAAGAGGCAGGGGUGCUUUUUAG